UCACUACGCAGAGUAGAGCGGCUCACUCCGCGGACGGGCGUUACGUUGCUGCAUCAGAAAACACCGCGACUCGGGGAUUGGCAUGCUGUUGACAGAUCAGAAAUGAAAGUAGCGCUCAGGAUAUUCGUCUGCUUCAAAUAAGCAACGGCAACUCGGACACCAAACUGAACCUGGAACACGAAGGGGGGGAAGACCUUGAACCAGAUGCAGCUUUCCACAUCAGCAUCAGUCUCACCAAUCUACUAGUGGAGUACCUCUAAGAAAGUGAUCUCACUGGACUCAGAGAACAUUUGCGAGAGAGAACAUCUGACUUGAGAGAGAGAGAGACAGAGGGAAACAGAGGGUGGACAAACGAUUGGGACAAACGCACAUCUGCAAAGCGAAUUGAGGCAGAACGAUCACCAGGCGGCCUGACAUUUUACGGGGUUGGGGAAGAGGCCAGCGGACACCUCCAUGCCAGCAGGACAUCUCUGUGUACAGGGGAGAUGACGUGGACCACUGUUGGCUGGCCUAUCAUUAGGCCACAGAGCCGUGUUCUGAGGAACGGAUAGCCUCAUCGCUAUGGCUAGCUCUGCAAUUACCUCAUUAAGUACGGGGCAGCCAUAAAAGACGGCCAUGGAAAUCUUUUUUCUUAUGUCUGAAAUCAGCAGGAGCAGCAGUAUUUGAAGUAACCCCUUAUUACUCUGUGCCUCAGCAAGGAUUGUACCUAUGCUAGAUAUUGCUUUUGUUUUGGACCCAAAAAUGUUGAUCUUUUAAAUGCAGUUUUUUUCAUUCAUUGUCACUGUAAUUGUUUUUAAGUGGAAUAUUUGUUAUAUGAAAAGACGUGAACAUUUGAGAGAACAUGGCAGCGACCUACCGCAUUGUGGUCAGCAGCAUAAACUGUUACAACAGUGUGGUGAUUGACAGGCGCACACAGCACGCGGUGCAUUACUGUAAUGGGCCAUGCGGUGCGCUCAGACACGGACUCAGCUGCACAGUGGCUCACCGCAGUACCUGUGCAGAACUUCUGGAUCCUCCAGCAUCCUGGCCUUAUGCAGACAGGCCACUUAGCCUCCAUGAGCCUGCCACAAAAGCGCUGGAAAAUGGUACUGCUAGCCAUGGUGGAUUCUGUGAAGACUCCCACCAAGUCAUCCCAAGAGUCAAAAAAGGAUCUGCUAUCCAAAGCUCAACCAGCCUGAAGGACAUCACAGGCGAGGCCAUCAACCUAGCCAGUGGGAAAAUCAAGGAGUUUUCCUUUGAGAAGAUCAAGUACUCCUCCAGCCAUGUGACCUUCAGAAAGGGUCGAAAGGUCAGGCCUGACUCCUUCAGCCGGCGAUCCACUGACCUCGACAUAAUUUAUGGCAGCUUCACAGGCAACGAUGAGAACUGCCCACCGUUCGGCAUGCUGCAGAAGGCCACACCAGAGGAGCAGAAGCUCAGUCGCAGUGCAUCACUGGAGCAGAGUCUGAACAACACGGCCACAUUCUACCUGAACAGCCUCAGUGAGGAGAGCCUCAUCACCCGCAUACUGGAGAAGACCAAGGCUAACAGCGGCACAUCAGGGGAAGACAUCAAAGCCUGCCUAGACAUCCUGCUUAAGUGCUCCGAGGACCUGAAGAAGUGUACAGACAUUAUAAAGCAGUGCAUCAAGAGGAAAUCUAUGGGCAGUGAUGGGAGUGACUCAGGCAACCCUGAGGCCAUCUACAAGAACGUGAUGGCACGACUCUCCACCUACCUGAAGAGGCUCCCUCUGGAGCUGGAGCUGGGACAAACUGGGCGGCAGGAGCACAGCGAUCUGUCUGAGCUGCUUAACAGCCUCCAUGGUUUGCAGCAGAGCCCCUUCUCUCCUUUUGGCAGCGAACAGCCACCACGCUACGAGGAUGUUGUCCAUUCCCCUCCACACACUAUGUCGCAGUCUAAAUCCAAGCCCUGCUCUCCUCAGCCAGAGUCCCAGGACCUCUCUAGGGAUCUCACCAACAGCUUGAAACCCGUUCAGACCCUCACCACCUCCUUCCCAGCACUGAUGCCUGCGAAUGGCCUACAGCUUGGCCACCUGCUCUCUGCCUCCAGUGGCAGCCUGCCAUCCACCCUUCACCACUCUCUCUCCACAGGCCGUCAUGAUGCCUUCUCCUCCAGCAACUCACUCCUGUCCUGCAGCAGUGACAGCAUCUGCAAAGAUGCUAUGGAGGCCCUGUACAUUGAAGAAGAUGCAGAUGUGUGCCGGGUGCUGGACAGGGCGGUGAGAGGGGACGGGCAACAGGGUUUCGGGAUUACGGAGUCGAGGCAGCAUUCUGCACGUGCUGGGCUGCCCCCAGAUCCCAGUUCCAGCAGUCCAGAGAAAUUGCCUGAGUUUAGUAGAAAUGGAACUGCAUAUAAGCCGAAACCUGAGGCAGUUGUUGGCCAGCCAUACGCACCCCUGCAGAGCAUAGAGGCCAGGCUGUUCUCGAAACCAGCCCUACGCAACGGAAGGGAAGGCGAGGAUGAUAUUGACAAACUACUGAUGGACUUGGAGUGCCUCUCCCAGAAUAUGCAGAAGGAACCACUGCUACCACCUAAGAUAAAGAACUGCACCCAGCCAUCCAGCAUCUCCUGCCAAAACCCGCAUCUGAUCGGCAUCUCAGUGACUAAAGGUCCACCAGUGAUCAGUUGUUCCGGCCACCCCUCCACCAAGUCGACAGAUCGUGGGGCUGAGGAGGGGGGUACAGAGGACGAUGGGGCUUUAUUGCUGCGUAUUCUGGAGAGCAUCGAGAGCUUCGCCCAGGAGCUGGUGGAGAGUGGUGCCAGCACAGGUACCCAGACAAAGGAGCGCGAGGUAAUGCGUUUGCUCCAGGACAAUCUGGUCAGCACUAAGGCGGAAAUGGCUAUGGAGCCUGCUCCUGCAUCACCGUCUGAAACUGCCUCUGGGCCUACUAACACUCCCAUACCUACAUCCUCAACUUCAGCUGUGCCUGCACUGGCCACUGCCAUAGCUACAGGCUCCACAAUACUCAUCCAGCAGACACCCGAAAUCAUCCGGAUCCAACCAGAGAAGAAACCGGGAGCUCCUCCUCCAGCUAUAGCCCCUCUCCCUGAACCAGCUCCACCCUCUCCUCCCCCCCCACCUGCAAAAGUGGUAGAACCCCCCCCUCCUCCCUCCAUAAACAUUCCACGCUUCUACUUCCCCAGAGGCCUUCCAAACUGCACUGCCAACUAUGACGAGGCCCUUGCCAAAAUCGAAAGAGCUUUCACCGAGUUUGAGGAAGAGAAAGCUGACAUUUACGAGAUGGGGAAGAUUGCAAAGGCCUGUGGGUGUCCACUGUACUGGAAGGCCCCCAUGUUUAACUGUGCAGGAGGAGAGAGGACAGGUUUUGUCUCAGUCCACUCCUUUAUUGCCAACUGGAGGAAGUUGUUACACAGCUGCUAUGAUGAUGCAUCCAAAUUUGUUUACUUGCUGGCCAAGCCAGGCUGUAAUUAUCUGGAACAAGAAGAUUUCAUCCCUCUGUUACAGGACAUCGUGGACACUCACCCAGGGCUGACGUUUUUAAAGGACGCCCCUGAAUUCCAUUCCCGCUAUAUCACAACCGUGAUUCAGCGCAUAUUUUACACAGUCAAUCGGUCCUGGACAGGCAGGAUCACCAUGACUGAGCUCAGGAGAAGCAACUUCCUACAGACUCUUGCCCUGCUGGAAGAGGAGGAUGAUAUCAAUCAGAUCACAGACUACUUUUCUUAUGAACACUUUUACGUUAUCUACUGUAAGUUCUGGGAGCUGGACACUGACCAUGACCUCUUCAUUGACCCCAAGGAUCUGGCUAGGUACAACGACCAUGCAUCAUCUAGCAGGAUCAUUGAGCGGCUGUUCUCAGGGGCUGUGACCCGGGGAAACUCUGUGCAAAGAGAAGGCAGAAUGAGCUAUGCUGAGUUUGUGUGGUUCCUCAUCUCAGAAGAAGACAAGAAGAAUCCUACCAGUGUGGAGUACUGGUUUCGCUGUAUGGAUCUGGAUGGGGAUGGCGUACUCUCCAUGUAUGAGCUUGAGUACUUCUAUGAGGAGCAGUGUGAGCGAAUGGAGGGCAUGGGAAUUGAACCACUGCCCUUUCAAGAUCUACUUUGCCAGAUGCUGGACCUCGUCAAACCAGAGUACCAAGGGAAGAUCACGCUUCGUGAUCUGAAGCGGUGCAGGAUGACACACAUAUUUUUUGACACUUUCUUCAACCUGGAGAAGUACCUGGACCAUGAGCAGAGAGAUCCAUUUGCAGUGCAAAAGGAUUUGGAUGGAGAUGGUCCUGAACCCUCAGACUGGGAUAAGUUUGCAGCAGAGGAGUAUGAGAUCUUGGUUGCUGAGGAAACAGCCAGUGAGCAGCUACACGAGGGGUCUUUUGAGGAUGAUUAUGAGACUGAUGAGAUUUCAGUCCCCUCUGAGAUUGGAAAUAAAAUGGACAAAUUGGUUAUUUCUGACCUGUCUGUGUGACCGUCCUCUGCUCUCCCAACUAGAGUGCAAAACACUCCCCUCCUAAACAGUUUUCUCUCUCUCCUCCCAAAAAAAUGGAACUACAUUUUUUUACCGUUCAGAAUGGACAUUUUCUGCCUGUGCGUAAUUGUAAAAUGUAAAGGUUUUUUUGGGCUCCCAAUAAGGCUUCAUGUGCAAUAUGUCUUAAGUGUAGUCACAAACUCAUUAUCCUCCCUGGCUGUCAGUAUUUUGAGUCUUCCUGGCCCCAUUGUAAAUUGCCAGCUGGUUCCUUCUACAAUUUUAAAAAGACUGACAUGAAAUCUAGGUGAACCCUUAGGACACAGUAGAAAGUGUUUUAGUGUGAGUGAAAUGAUGUUCCUGCAGCAUUUCAAAUGUGUUUUCAUAUUGCUUUUGUGUGACAAGUGUCCCAUACAGAACACAAAUACAGCAGUGUAGGACACUACAAGCUUUGUGGAAAUCAAAUAACAUCACAUAACACAGUGAAUGUUUUUUAUUUAAAUAUUGCACAUUUGCACUGAAGAGAACUAUUUGGAGAUACACACAGCAAAGCUCUUCAGUGCUGAAAUAUUAUUGGUGAUGUACUACAUCUCCUAGUGGUUACUAGAGGUGUUGCAUGGAAAAACUUGAGUUGAUUUUCCCCAAGGUACUCCGUAGUGAGAAACAUGGUGAUGUUUUUUUUUUGUUGUUGUUGUUGUUUGUUUGUUUUUCCUACAAACAUCAAACUAAACUUCACGUCACUAAACAUUUCCAUAUUCAAAUUGUGAUAUAUUUUGGAUACAGGACAAUCUUUACUGUUUAAUAGAGACUGGUUGAAUUACUGUGCUUGCCUCUCUCAGCCAUAUUUUUCUGAUUAGGCAUAAGAACUAUAAGAGGUGUAUGGGCACUAUAGAGAGGCCUUUGUGAAAUAUUAAUAUAGCAUGUUGAGAAUGUUUUGAAAGACUGUUGUUCACUUAUAAUCCUGUAUAAAGGUAUGCAGAUAGUGGUGAAAGUGUUAUUUAUUUGCUAUUGUCUGCUGCAUAGGAAAGGCUUAUGUCCAGAGCUGGGUAUUACCAUCUGUGCCAAAGGUCACAUCACAUCCCCACACUAGCUGACAGGCUGUGCUUCUUAUCCUUAGUGGCAGGGUACAGGACCUUUAUGGUCUUAAAACAUGCAACAAACCAUCUGGUUCAUCACUGUAAACACUCUGGCUGAUGUUUCACACCAGAACUAUUGUGGUUUCUAAAGCAGCUCAAUAAAAGCUCUAUGCAGCAGAUGAGGGAGCUUGUUUACACUCUGCACCUCCAAGCCCAGGGCCCUCUCAGGCUUACUCAAACCAGUGAAAACGCUUUGUCACACCCACAUGUUCACGACCAUUGUCAGCCAUUCUUUGGUCAUUAUCUUCUUUUCCCACUCCUUUUCUGACCAGUCUGAAUUGCUAUCAUUAAAGUGCUUGGUGUCACUGGCAUGCACAGAGAGACUGCCCCUACUAUUUUUUGUUAAAAGCAAGUGCCCUUUCAUACAGUAGUUUCCCUUCAUAUACUUGAUUUGUGUUUUUCUACGCCCAGUGAGAUGCUAUGCUCUGAUUGCCCCAAACACCAUUGGCCUUUAAACUUUUAAAAGCCACUAAAUGAGUAGGCUAACUGCUUGCAUCUGAUUUUGAUGAUGAUGAUGAUGAUGAUCAUUAUUAUUAUUAUUAUUAUUAUUAUUAUUACUGCAUCCACUUAUAACAUUCAGAGAAAUAAUCUCACCAAAGGCCUUGGUUUUUGAUUUUCAAUAAGGAGCCCUUUUGCCCAUGCAAAUCACUGCCUGACAGCCUCAGGCUGAGAGCUGUGGCCCUGCCGAGUGGCAGAGCAUUGCCUCCCCCAGCUUCACCCAAAUCCUUUGAUCAAAUCCUGGGCCCAAGCUCUGGGUCCUUGCUUAUGGUGCAGUGACUGUGAAUCAACUCUCCACUCUGGUGUCUUAUGCUCACGCAACCCAGGGAGGAAGUCUACACGCGUCUGCUAGUGUCAAUGUUCUUUUUCACAGGCAAGCCUCUCCCCCCACUCUCCCACUGUGUAUACCGUUCCCAUCGUUAAUGUAAUUAGUGUAAUAUAUUUAUAUAUGUGAAGUGUUUUUCUUUUUGUGUUUCCUGAGUGACACACAGUAGCGCUGUAUACUGUAGCUGAGCUGGUGUGACCUUGCCAUAGCAUGUUGAUUUUCUAUAGCCACUGUAAAUUACUUUGAUUUUGUUUAGACUUUUAUUUUAUUGUUUAGCCCUGCCACUGAGUGGCAGGGCUGUUUUAAAUUAUGAUAUACAAAUAUAACUACAACUGCCAGUGUUAGAAUGAUGUGUAUUAAGCUGAGAGGGAAUGAUUUUAUGAAGGAGUUCUCUAUGAAUUCUCUAUAAAUUCUGUAUGAAUUCACUGUAAGAUGACAAUCAACUGGAUCAGUUUUAUGGGACAGCAAUGUAUCAGUAGCACUUCUUGGACACCAGAGCAAUAAACCUGCUGUAGUGUUAUACUUUUAUCCGAAUUAUUUGAUAUUAAGAUAAACCCACAUACUUAAAUAUAAACUUGAGAUUAAAAGUGUCUAACUUGGUCACUGCUGUCAUUAACACAUUAAAGUCUAUGCAAAUCCAAUCCUCUGCACAUAGAUGGCAGCUACAGGAGCUGUUAGACAUGUUAGUGUGCAAGUUUUUUUCUUUUUGUUUUUUUGAGUUUAUAUAUAUAAAUUUCCCAUGUGUAUUUCUUUGGAUCUAAGGUAUGUCUUGCUUGUAGAAGAAGAAAGGAUUAGCGGAGAUUCUGGGAUCUCCCUGCUCUGAUCAAAUCUGAUCAAACUGUUUCGCAUGAGUUUUUUUUUUUUUUUCCUUUUGAAAAACUCUUAAAAUAAAUAAAAAUGUAAAAAUCUGUUUAUUUACACCUAA